CUGGCGGUCGUCGCGACGAUUCGCCGUCGGCGCACACCGCACACCCACAUAGACACAUGCACACACAUCCAUACACGCGCAUACACAGCGGACACUACCCCGCAGCCUUUGGGACCCGGGAGAGAAAGAGAAACCGAGUUGUUUAUUGUUUUAUUAUUCAACUGUUGGUUUCUGGACUGUAUCUCGUCCUGCACCUCCUCUGCUACUUUCGGAUCGAUCGGUCGGUUUCAGCAGUUAGGUGUUUGUCCUACCGAUCACUCCUACUACUUAUUACCCCGCUGAGGAGGCCUACGUGAUGGGUACGGAGUGUCCGUCUCUCCCGGCGGGCUGGAGGAAGGAGGAGGUGACCCGGAAGUCGGGUCUCAGUGCUGGGAAGACCGACGUCUACUACUACAGUCCAUCAGGUAAGAAGUUCCGCAGCCGGCCGCAGCUGUCUCGUUACCUUGGCAACCGCGUCGACCUGCGAUGCUUCGACUUCCGCUCGGGGAAGAUGGCCCCCGCUGGCAAACACAAGACCCGCCAGAGACCCCACGAAACACUGGCUAGGGGGGGUAGAGGAGACCUCAACACCUCUCUGCCUAUCAGACAGACGGCCUCCAUUUUUAAACAGCCCGUUACCAAGGUCAUAGGUCACCCUGGCAACAAGGUCAAGAGUGACCUGCAGCGGGAAGCAGAGCCACCCAGACAGUUGUUCUGGGAGAAGCGGUUGAAGGGGUUGCGUUCCCUGGACGUUACGGAGGAGGUGCUCAAAUGCAUGGAGCUUCCUAAAGGACUUCAGAGCCUCAGUCCUCACAGUGUGGGAGAAGGGGACGAGGUCCUGCUGGCUGCCAUCGCGGCGGCCCUCCACUCCUCCUCCUCCCCGGUGACGGGCCAGGCGGCCUCCUCCGGCGUGGAGAAGAACCCGGGGGUGUGGAUCUCCACCUCCCAGCCGCCCUGCAGAGCCUUCACCAUCACCCAGGAGCACAUCAGGGAGCAGGAGGAGGUGGUGUUCCGGACCAGGAGGAGACUAGAGGAGGCGCUGCUGGCAGACGGUCUGGCAUGCAGAGACCCGCACCUCUCCUAGGACCGACAGGUUGACAGACAGAAUGCAACCAAGUCUGGCCCCCCCACUGCUGGAAGCCCCUCCCCCUACCACCAGAAGCCCCGCCCCCUGCUUCAGCCUUUCCUACCUGUCUUCUGAUUCAAAUUCAAGCAUUUAUUGAAAAUUUAUAUAAGAAUAUAGUUGAUAAUAUAAAUAUAUAUUAUAAUGUUAAACACAACAUGGUGGUUUCACCAUGUUGAAUUUCUAUUCUUUGUGAAGAGAAAACAGUUUUCACUGUUGAUGCAUAUCUUUGUUAACAAAAAUCCCUUUGUUCUGUCUUUAAAGCAGUUAAUGAAUGAUAUUAUAUUUUUGUAUUGUUGUUAAGAUUUUGCUUUCUGAAAAAUAAACAUUCGAAAAAAAGUUGUUUUAUUUGAUUUUGUUUUAAACUGAAAGAAAAACCAAAUCCUGAAGGGAUAUCUCAGAUGAAUCAGCUUGAAUUUAGCUUGGCCCUACAUGAACUUCAAAUGUUUCUUCCUACAGCACAAAAGAGGACUGGUUUCAUAAAUGUACCAUCCGGGUUGUCCCUCAUUCGACCACAACCUUCCAUAAUAGCCUAUACUCUACUACCAUAAUACUUUAGUCAUUAUAUUUUGAUACUAUUUGAUUGUAUCUAACUUGUGACAACAACCAUUUGUCCUUUGUCGCCAAAUCUGCCUGUCUUUCAAUUCC